UGUUGGUAGCAACAGAUUUUUUACAUUUCUGUCAAAAUAAUUUUCAAGAAAUAAAAACAAAUACUCUCAUUUUAUAAUAGUGUUUAUACACAGCGUACAGGAAUUUUUAACAAAAUGGGAAGUUAUGGUAAAGCGGUGAUGACAGGAUUUAUUUGUAGACUGUGUUCUGAGCCAAAAAAAGUCGUUGUGCACUUGUACAGCAUACGAGCGAAACAACUGGGCCUAAUGGAAAAAAUAACUUUGCUUCCCAUUACGGUGGAGAAAUAUGAUAAUUUGCCAAAAACAAUUUGUGAAGACUGUAUAAGUCGUCUGGAGGUGCAAUUUAAUUUAUUACAAAAGAUAAAAGAAAGUGAUACCAUUCAUAGAACCCACACACUUUUACAUACUAAUGGACGAUGUCCGCCUCUCUGCCCUCUCCAUGGUGUAAAUGAUCCACCAAGUACUGUAUAAGACGUCACACUCAAUCCACACACCCUAAGCAAAAUGGUAAGGAGGUAUCUUUUCACAUAAACCAGGAGUUUACCUAAUUUUUUUAUUGUAAAUAGUUCAAAUUUUAUUUUAUUAAUUGAAGCUUUUCAUCUAUAUAUUAUUUGUAACUUUUAAAAUUAAAUUAAAUGGUAGGGAAAUA